CCAGUAUUGUUUAUGUCAGCGUACGCGCUGCCGCGUUUUACAGUAGCCAUUUUCUAAAGAUAUUGGCGCGAAAGUCGUAUUGAUUGACGUUUAUAUUUUUUAUUACAAUGAGUUUGGAAAUAAGGAAGAAAAAAGUUAAUGAUACAUUCGAAAAAUAUAAUAUUGGACAAUGGGGAAUUGGAAAUGGAAGGCUGUGUGCUCAAGUAGCUACGAAUGUGGUGGAACAGAAACACCAGGUGUCCAGAGCUAAAAGGAGUAAAGCGCUAGGCAGCCGAGAAUUUAGAGGCAGUACCGUAUGGUUUACAGGACUCAGUGGCGCUGGAAAGACCAGCAUCGCCUUCGCUCUUGAGGCCUAUCUGGUAUCUAAAGGUAUACCAGCAUACGGAUUGGAUGGUGAUAACAUUAGAACAGGCCUCAACAAGAACCUUGGAUUCACAAAAGAGGAUCGCGAGGAAAACAUCAGGCGAGUCGCUGAAGUAGCGAAGCUCUUCGCUGAUAGCGGCGUUGUGUGCCUUUGCAGUUUUGUGUCGCCUUUUGCUGAGGACCGAGAAGUAGCGCGUCGUAUCCACAUCGAUUCAGAUCUGCCAUUCUUUGAGGUUUUCAUCGACACACCCUUGGAGGUCUGCGAACAAAGGGAUACUAAAGGACUCUACAAGAAAGCUAGAGAUGGCCAAAUUAAGGGUUUCACAGGCAUCACCCAAGAAUAUGAACGCCCCAUGUCACCUGAGCUGGUGGUGCAGACAGUGGGCCGCACGAUCGAAGAAUCCACCAUGGAAGUUAUUAAACUGUUGGAAUCACAGGAAAUAAUUCCCCGUUGUGACGACAAAACAAUAGAGGUGGAGGAACUGUUCAUAUACGGCAACAGGCUGUCAAGCGCUCAAGAUGAGGCGGAGAGCUUGCCUCAAAUCAACAUCACAGAUCUAGAUUUGCAAUGGGUUCAGGUUCUUUCGGAAGGAUGGGCUUAUCCACUAAAAGGAUUUAUGAGGGAACAUGAGUAUCUUCAGGCACUCCACUCGAACUGCCUGACCCUUGCCGACGGGUCAAGCGUCAACCAGUCAGUGCCAGUGGUGUUACCAGUGGAUACGGCAACAAAAGAUCGGCUGGCUGGAGCUACGGCGAUCACACUUCGCCACGCCGGUCGCUCGGUGGCCAUACUGCGUUCGCCGGAGUUCUACCCGCACAGGAAGCAGGAGAGGUGCUGCCGUCAGUUCGGGAUAUAUCACACAGGACACCCCUAUAUCAAGAUGAUCUCAGAAUCUGGUGAUUGGCUUGUCGGUGGCACUUUAGAAGUAUUUGAACGUAUCCGUUGGAAUGACGGCCUCGACGCGUAUCGACUUACACCCAAUGAGCUCCGCAGGAAGUUUAGGGAGUUACAAGCUGAUGCUGUAUUUGCUUUCCAGUUACGAAACCCGAUUCAUAACGGCCACGCCUUGUUGAUGCAGGAUACUCAACGACAAUUGAUAGAGAGGGGCUAUAAGAAACCUGUCCUAUUAUUGCAUCCAUUGGGCGGUUGGACAAAGGACGACGACGUGCCUCUUGAAGUGAGGAUAAACCAACAUCUGGCGGUGUUGAGUGAAGGUGUACUUGAUCCAAAUGCCACCAUACUCGCAAUAUUCCCAUCGCCUAUGAUGUACGCCGGACCCACUGAGGUACAAUGGCACGCAAAAUGCCGAAUGAAUGCUGGCGCGAAUCAUUACAUAGUGGGGCGGGACCCGGCCGGACUUCCGCACCCCGACGGCGGCGGCGAUCUCUACGACCCCCGACAUGGCGCCAUGCUUCUCAAGGGUGCUCCCGGACUUAUUGACCUCGAGAUAAUUCCAUUCCGCGUAGCCGCUUACGACACUUCAGUUGGCAAGAUGGCGUUCUUUGAUCCAACGCGCAAGGAAGACUUUGACUUUAUUUCUGGAACUAGGAUGAGAGGUCUUGCUAAAUCCGGCAAGGAACCUCCUAAAGGUUUUAUGGCACCGACUGCAUGGAAGAUCCUGUCUGAAUAUUACCAAUCGUUGAAAUCUAAAAUGGACACAAAUUAAAUUAUGACUGUUACUUUAUCCUUAUAUUUUAAAAAAUCUUUAUAUAACUAUGACUUAGGUUUGACCUAUGCAUAAUAACUUUAAAUGAAUUUUGUCCCUUAUCAUGAUUAAUUUAUAGUUUUAUUGUAUUCUAUAACAAAAUACAUCUGUAAGUACUUAAAUUGCUUGUCUCCUUGCUUAGCAUUGUGCAAUAUUUUAUGGAGUAUUCUUUAGAUACAUGUUUGACAUAAUAUUUAUACUUUUGACUUUCAUGUUUAUUUUUAUAUAUAUUUUUUUAUAUUCCUCAAAAGGAAAAAUGUGUAUUUAUGUUUUACACAUUCCAUUUUUUUUUAUAAUAGUUUGCUAUCAUGUAAUUCCGAAGCACGAAAUUUAUGUACGGAAUGGACUGUAAUUUAUAUAAUGUUAAGUACGAUACAUUUAAAUAUUCCUUGAAAAAAUACAAAAAUACACUGCAUUGUAUUUCUGAAAAUUUUCAAGAGCUACUAGAAUACGUUUCGUACUUGGGCAGUUAGAUUUACAUGUGACAGAAAACUAACAUAUCUUGUAAGAAGUAUGUAAGUAAGAAUUGCCAAGUUGCAAUUAAAUCCACCGUUUAAAUGGGCAUAUAUUUAUUGUUAUGAUGUGAUGUAGCCUCGACUUAUUACAUUACAAUACAGACAAACUUUGACAUUCGUAAUAUUAGUAUAAUAUAGCCAUAAAAGGUUAACAAACAGACAUAUAAACACUAUUCUUAAAUUUAGUAUGGAUUAUUUUUGCGCAAUUUUCUUAUAAUAAUAUUAGACAUGGAAAUUCCAUGUUAGACAAGGAAAAAUUCGCAGUGCGGAUUGCAGAUAGAUUAUAAUUAUUAAGAUUUAUGUUAAUUGCUUGAAAAGUAUGUUUAAAUUGAAUAAUUACUUUGAUUCCUUAUAAAAAGUUAAUAUUUUUAUUAUUAUAUGGUUAAUUUUUAAGAGGUUUAACAUUAAAUUGUUGUAAUUAGUGUAAUAUGGUGCUUUUAAAGCUGAUAGUUUUAUUUGAUAUACAAUUA